UCCCCUGUCUAUACCUACCUCUCUCGAUUCGUUUUCUCUCUUAUCUUAUCCUCCCCUGUCCUCGUCACUCCCCCCUGUUCCCGCCAUAUCUCCCCCGCUGCUUUGCUGCCCAGCUUAGGUAUCCACCUUUGCAUGUUCUGGCACCCAACAUUGCCUAGCCGACUCGUGAGAUCCAUUCCAGCAGACCAGGCCCGUCGACCAUCCGUCCCCAUUGCCUACCUAUCUCUUCUCUUCUUGACCGAUCUACCUCACGACGCUUCUACGCGCCAUCGCUUCCUUGCCGCUCUCUUCAUCUUUCAUACGACGAUGCUAUGGCGGCCGUAAUCGGUGACUUCGCUUCUGAUCCGCCCUCGCGCUUCCAUACUAUGAUAGCUGCCGGGGGCCCGUACUCCCACCAACGCCAGCAUUCUCAUGAAACUCGCUACCGAUCGUCGAGCCGGUCUGGGGAUGCACCGACACCUACACCUGCACCUGGCCGUCCCUCCUCCAGUCCGAGAUGCAGGCGCACCGUCAGCACGCCUUCUUGGUCCCCGUGUCCCCGGCGCGGCGCCUCGCGCUUUCCGACCCCACCUUCUUCCUCGUCCCCCAGCAUCGACUCUGACCGGGUCCACCCUGCGAAUGCUCAGCAUCCCCAGGGAGAUGACGAAUUGACAGCAUCUCGGCCGAGCGACGCUGUUCAACGUGAUACCGACGAAGCCGUAGUCGGCCCUUCCGCCUCCUCUUCGGCCUGUGUCCCCGCCUCCGUUCCUGCCCCGACUGCCGCUUGGCCUCGGGCGCAGCAACCGUCUCCGGAUUCCGUCACGAACACGAACACCAACACGAACACGAACACGAACACGAACACGGAAACCGCAUACCACCUCGCCGACGCCUCCUCGCCGCGCCCCUCAUCAGAAGGGCAAACCAUCCACAUCCGCGACCUGGCCCACAUCCAGAACCUUGCGCGAGCUGACAUUCUGAGAGAGGACGGGUCCAGCAUCCUGGGCGACGGACCGUUACAGCAGGUCAAGUACGAGAUCAGCGGUAUGCCCAUCGGCGACGUCAUCGAAAUGGUGGCCGCUCUUCUCACCAAGAUCACCACAACCAACGACCUGCAGCACGACGCCAUGCAGCGCAACGUGGCGCACCAACAGCAGGCCAGCCAGAACAGCGAAUCGGCCGACGGGGCGCAGAUCAGCCCCCUCAGCGCAUCAGUACUCGCCUUCCACGGCAGGAACAUUCCCGCGAUUACCAUUCUCAGCUACCUGACCCGCAUCCACAAAUACUGCCCGACCACUUUCGAGGUGUUUCUAAGCCUGCUGGUAUAUUUUGACCGCAUGACCGAGAGGGUCAACCACCUGGUCAUGCAGGCCGAGGAAAGACGCCAGGCGGCCGCCACCCGUUCCAGCGCGAGACCGACCAGUCAGGCCCAGGCCCAGGCGCAGGCCCAGGCGCUGCCUCCCGCCGACGUAGAAAUGCGUGACGAAGAGGGCGAUAUAACCGAUGAGACGGAUUCGGACCUGGUCGACGACGACGAGGAUAUGGAGGAGGAAGCCACGCCCGGAUCGCGCACUGAGCGGUCUCGCGAAUCUGGAGACCGCGUCGUACCCGGGGCAGAUUCGACGCCCACCGGCGUGGUGCCGCCUGCUUAUUUUGUCGUCGACAGCUUCAAUAUUCAUAGGUUGAUCAUUGCCGGCGUCACUUGUGCGAGCAAGUUCUUCUCGGAUGUCUUCUACACCAAUUCGAGAUAUGCCAAGGUCGGCGGAUUGCCCCUUGCCGAGCUCAACCACCUGGAACUUCAGUUCCUCCUCCUGAACGACUUCCGACUCGCCAUACCGGUUGAGGAUCUCGAGGCCUAUGCCACCAUGUUGGUGGAGUUUUACGCGCGAGAAGUGGCCAGACCGCAAGCCAUGUCCGGCGCUGCCGAUAGCUGAGGUCGAUUUGCUUCCGUCUC